AUGAGUAGACUAUGGUGUAAGGUGGAGUCAACCGGUCGCCAUCUGCCUAUCAUUCUGAACGCUUUUCUGGUGUUCUCCAUCACUGCCGAGGUCAGCUAUCUGGUGCUGGUGGAGGCUCCUCUUGAGCCAGCAGAGAAGAAGACAGAGUGGUGCACCAUAUGGAAGGCCAUACAUCUCUUCGCUCAGUACUUCAUGCUGGGAAAUAUUACCUGGAAUGCUUCGUUGUUUGUGAAAACUAACCCAAGUAUCCGCGGAGUGUUUCUUGGAGGGGAUGCAUUGGGUCAUGGGUGGAGAUACUGCUACAACUGUGAGACACACACUCCUCCACGAUGCUCGCACUGCUACGAUUGCAACGUGUGUGUGCUGCGCCGUGAUCAUCACUGUGUGUUUUUUGGCCAGUGUGUCGGUUUCCACAAUUACCGGUAUUUCCUGACCUGUUUGCUCUUCAUGUGGGCAGGGCUGCUCUAUGCAGUAGUCAUGAAUGCUGAGGUCUUCAUCGUCAUCCUAAAGGAGGGUGUCACUUUUCACAGUGUCAUGCUUUUGCUGGUGCCCUGGAUCAUGCUCGUCUCGGGUGAGUAUGAGAUUACUAAUGAGUGUCUGCUGCUGCUAUGA